ACUCUACGCGGCUUCAUGACUUUAUCCUAAUUAAUCUGGUACGAUAUCAACAAAAAGCUAUUAGCUUUAUUAUUAUUAUUUUAUGUAUAAUUAUAAAUUAUUGUUUGGAUACAUUUUAACUUCACACCUCUUUUCGAAGUUGUAAGUAAACAUACAGAAAGAUGUCAUCAUCAAAUGCAUCUACCCCUAGACGAAGUAAGCGAAGUCGCACCUCAGAAGCAGGUAGCCCUGACAGUAAAGACAGUAAUGAAGUCAGGACACCUACAAGACGGUCCUCAAGAGCCUCGACUGCAACACCCACAAGGUCAAGUGCAAGGAAAGCAAAAGAAGGAAAUGAAUUUUCUUCCCCUCCAUCACAAAGGCGCAGAGUUGAGCCUUCGUCUGAUAUUGGCCCUUUGGACUCAUCUUCUGUCGCAGCUGGGGAUGAGUCAUUUGUCACCAGUCCCAGAGGAGCUAUGCCUGCUAGUGAAAUAGAUCUCAGCUCACCACUUAAUUAUGGCACCCCUGGAUCACUGAGUGGUGGAACACCUGGUCCUGGCGCCACACCAAUCAGACACCGCCCUGACGUAAGAAGUGACAGAAAGCUCCGCCAAGUGGCAAUAGGUGGUGCUGAUCCUCCAUCAGAGACAGACCGCAGUGAGGCAGGUAGCGAUUUGGCUAGUGCUGGACCGCAGCUGGUUAUCUGGGGCACAGAUGUUGUGGUCAGUCAUUGUAAGCUCAAGUUUCGUAGUUUUAUCAGCCGCUAUGUUGAUAGGAGCAUGGCAGAUGAUGAGCGUUUCUCUGGCAUGGAUGUGGAUCAACCAUAUUAUACCCAGAGAUUAGAUGAGAUCAAUGUUAUCGGUGAGCCUUUCUUGAAUGUCAACUGUGCACACCUCAAAGAGUAUGAUGCUGACUUGUAUCGUCAGCUAGUCUCUUAUCCCCAAGAAGUGAUUCCAACCUUUGACAUGGCUGUCAAUGAAAUGUUCUUUGAGCGAUUCCCUAAUGCCACAAUGGAGCAUCAGAUCCAAGUCAGACCCUAUAAUGCUGAGCAUACUAAGAACAUGAGAGGACUAAACCCAGAAGACAUUGACCAACUGAUAACUGUCAGCGGCAUGGUGAUCAGAACAUCUUCCCUCAUUCCUGAAAUGCGUGAAGCAUUCUUCCAAUGCCACGUUUGCCAGAACACCACCACCGUAGAGAUUGACCGCGGCAGGAUAGCUGAGCCCACCCUUUGCACCCACUGUAACACCAAAUUCUCAUACCAGAUGGUCCACAACAGGUCACAGUUCUCUGACAAACAAAUGAUCAAAAUGCAGGAAUCGCCCGAGGACAUGCCUCCUGGACAGACACCUCACACAGUUAUAAUGUACGCUCACAAUGACCUGGUGGAUCAUGUCCAGCCUGGUGACCGCAUCACUGUGACUGGAAUAUAUCGGGCAGUUCCUCUGCGUGUCAACCCUCGCAUGCGUAAUGUCAAAUCAGUCUACAAAACACACAUUGACGUAGUUCACUUUAGAAAAUUGGACGUCAAACGACUGAAUGAGCCUGUUGAAGAUGGCAAAGUCUUACAAAUGAGUGAAGAAAGAAUAGAGAUGGUGAAAAAUCUGUCCAAGAAACCUGAUAUUUAUGAGCGGUUAGCAAGAGCUAUAGGUCCAAGCAUUUAUGAGAAUGAAGAUAUUAAGAAAGGAUUAUUGCUUCAGUUGUUUGGAGGAAAUAGAAAAGAUUUUACAAACACAGGUCGAGGGAAAUUCAGAGCUGAACUUAAUAUCUUACUGUGUGGGGACCCAGGUACAAGCAAGUCUCAGUUUCUUCAAUAUGUACACCAUCUUGUUCCUCGUGGUCAGUACACCUCUGGCAAGGGUUCCAGUGCUGUUGGUCUGACUGCUUAUGUGACCAAAGACCCAGAGACAAGACAGCUGGUACUGCAGACAGGUGCUUUGGUGCUUAGUGACAAUGGUGUAUGCUGUAUUGAUGAAUUUGACAAGAUGAAUGAUAGCACUCGUUCAGUUCUUCAUGAAGUUAUGGAACAGCAAACUUUGUCUAUAGCAAAGGCAGGAAUUAUUUGCUCUUUGAAUGCCAGAACAUCAAUUUUAGCUGCAGCUAAUCCAGUCGAGUCUCAGUGGAAUAAAAACAAAACGAUCACAGAGAACAUUAUGUUGCCCCACACACUGUUGUCUAGGUUUGAUCUUAUUUUCCUAAUACUGGAUCCCCAAGAUGAACUGUUUGACAGACGUCUAGCAGGACAUUUAGUAUCUCUUUACUUCAGGAGUAAAGAAGCUGAGGAAGAGGACAAUUUGGAUAUGACCAUCUUAAAAGACUACCUGACGUAUGCCAAAUCUUUCAUUCAUCCCAAAAUUGGAGAAGAGGCUAGCCAAGCGUUUAUCCAAGCUUAUGUGGAGAUGAGAAAAGUUGGCAGCUCAAGAGGUCAAGUGUCAGCCUACCCAAGACAGUUGGAGUCAUUGAUUCGUCUGGCAGAGGCCCAUGCAAGGAUGAGGUUGUCAAAUGUGGUGGAAGUAGCUGAUGUUGAAGAGGCCAGGAGGUUGUAUAAGGAGGCUUUGAAGCAGGCAGCUGUAGAUCCUUCCACUGGUAAGAUUGACAUCACCAUCCUGACCACUGGCAUGAGUGGUGCUGCUCGUAAGAGAAAGGCUGAGGUGGCGGCAGCUCUCAAGAAACUCAUCCAGUCGAAAGGCAAAGUUCCAACACUUAAACACCAGAAGUUGUAUGAAGAUUUCCGUGAAACUUCAGACUUUCCUAUCACAAAGGAGAUGUUUGAUGAUGCUCUACGUGAACUUCAGGAUGAAGACUUCCUGAUUGUAACAAACAAGGUCAUCCGACUCUGCUCUGUUUAGUCACCUUUGGUAUCACACAUUAAUCAUUGCACAAAGUCUUGUUUUAAAAUUUUUGUGAAACAUGAAUGUCUUAUGUGGCAAGUGAGAACUUCAACUUGGUUGUACUGUUAUCCUUGUCGAAAGUGUUAGCCCAGUAAUUGCUAACAAGUGUAUAUUUAAAUCGAUUAAUGUUUCGGAGACAUUUGUUGGUUUGACUAUACUUUUCAAUAGUUUUAAUAUUUUAAUUCUGUUAACUAAGAUUUUUGUUAACUUCAAACUAGUUUAAAAAAUAAACUUGUUUAAGAGUUUGACAUUCAUACUUAGGAUGCAAGAUAAUAUUGUAGAACCUGUAUAGUUCAGGAUUCAUCCAUGAAAUUGUUUUGUUUAUGUAAAAUAAUGUCAACAGUUAUGUAUUUUUAUCAGUUCAGAAACUUCUUGUAAAACAAAUAUCUGUGGAUUUACUUUACUUUUUGUGGUUCUGCUUUUGGUUAAACACAUUUUGUUUAUUUGGAUGAAAUAAAGUUGUACAGAGAAAGUUGUCAGUUGUAGUAAAUUUGUUAAAUAGGAAACUCAUAUUACAAUAAUUUGAAAAAGAA